CAGCUACAUGCUUUCCAUGAAUGGUCACUCCCAACCCUCACAAUGAUUACUCCCAUUUUACAGAUGAGGACAUUGAGGCUCAGAGAGGUUAAGCAACUCACCCAAGGUCACACAGCCAGUGAAUGCUGGAGCUGGGAUUCAAAUUCAGACCGCCCAACUCCAAAGUCCAUGGGUCCCUUUUAGACCCUAUGCAGCUCAGGAUAAAGAAGAGCUUCCGUUAUCCACCAGCUCUUUCAUUCAUUCAAAACCAUUUAUAGGCCAGGUGCAGUGGCUCAUGCUUCUAACCCUAGCACUUUGGGAGGCCAAGGAAGGAGGAUCACUUGAGCCCAGGAGUCUGAGACCAGCCUGGGCAACAUCACAAAACCCUGUCUCUACAAAAAAUAAAUCAGUUGGGCGUGGUGGCACAAUCCUGUAGUCCCAGCUACUUGAGAGUCUAAGGCGGGAGGACCAAGCUCAGGAGGUCGAGGCUGCAGUGAGCUAUGAUCAUGCCACUGCACUCCAGCCUGGACGACAGAGCAAGAUCCCAUCUCAAAAACAAAACAAAACAAAACAUGUAUUAAGUUCCUGCCAGACACUGUUGCAGGCACUGGGGAUUCAGCAGAGCAAGACUGACCAGGUCCCAGAUGCCUUGGAAUUGACGUACCACAGUGGGGCGGAGGCUGGGGGAGACAGACACACAAAACAACCAACAAGAUGCUUUCUCUUUUUUUCUUUUUUUUUUUGAGACAGGGUCUUGCUCUGUUGCCCAGGCUGGAGUGCAGUGGUGGGAUCAGAACUCACUGUAGCCUCGACCUCCUGGGCUCAAGCAAUCCUUCCACCUAAACCUCCUGAGUAGCUGGGGCUACAGGCAUGCAUCACCAUACCUGGAUAAUCUUUAUAGUUUUUGUAAAGACAGGGUUUUGCCAUGUUACCCAGGCUGGAUUCAAACUCCUGGGCUCAAACAAUCUGCCCACCUCAGCCUCCCAAAGUGCUGGGAUUACAGGUGUAAGCCACCAUGCCAGGCCCAAACAGGAUACUUUCUUUCUUUUUUUUUUUUUUUUUUUUUGGAGACGGAGUCUCACUCUGUUGCCCAGGCUGGAGUGCAGUGGCAUGAUCUUGGCUCACUGCAACCUCCACCUCCUGGGUUCAAGCAAUUCUCCUGCCUCAACCUCCCAAGUAUCUGGGAUUGCACCCAGGUGUGCACCACCACGCCUGGCUAAUUUUUGUAUUUUAAGUAGAGACAGGGUUUUGUCAUGUUAGCCUGGCUGGUCUCGAACUCUUGUCCUCAAGUGAACCGCCCACUGUGCCCGCCUUUCAGACAACCACUCAGGGCUCACAGGACUUGAAAAGUCGGGAGCCCAUAGGGUUGGUCUAUCCACCAGCUUCAAAGACCACUCUCUCGCCCACGCAGGUCGGCCAUGGUUUUGAGACCCCGGGAUGGCUGGUCUCCCGCAUGGCCAGCCUCCCAAAGUGUUGGGAUUAGAGGCAUGAGCCACUGUGUUCUGCCCCAAACAGGAUACUUUCUAAUAAUACUGGGUGCUAUAUCAAGAACAGGACACUGGACCUCAGGUAAAGGGACAACAACUUUUAGUGAGAAGGAGGCAGCCAGGGAGCUGGGCAGAGGGCACUGCCAGUGCAAAGGCCCUGUGGGAGAAGAGCUAGUGAGUUUGAGGAAUAGGGAGAAGGUCAGUGUGGCUGGAGUGGAGUGAGGCAGGGUGAGGGGGAAUAAGGAGCAAGUUCAGGCCAGGAGGCUUGGAGAGCAUUUACUCCGCAGGAACUUCUAUUCCAGCAAAUUUAGCAGAGAACUCAGUCCACACAUCCCUAUUGGGCCUAGAGAGUGGUCAUGUUCAGAUCCUGAACAUCUAGGUAGGGAAAUUAAUAUCUGGUAAACUCCUAUACAUACUUCAAAACCCAUCAUUUUUGUCCAGUGGGAGUUAAAAAGCCACAGCAUUUUCCCUAAUCCCAUCCCACCAGCUUUCCCAGAAGUCCACCCAGAGGAGGAGAUGAGGUUUAUUUAGCUCUUUCCCCGGCCCUCAGCACAGGCUCUUAUUAGAUAUUCAGUGGAUUUGGGGACCGGGCGAGGUGGCUCAGUCCUGUAAUCCCAGCACUUUGGGAGGCCGAGGCUGGCAGAUCACUUGAGCCCAGGAGUUCGAGACCAGCCUAAGCAACAUGGUGGGACCCCAUCUCUACAAAAAAUACAAAAAGUUAGCUGGGCAUGGUGGUGCAGGCACGUAGUCGCAGCUACUGAGAAGCUGAGGUGGGAGGAUCAGCUGAGCCCGGAAAGUUCGAGGCUGCAGUGAGCCGUGAUCACACAACUACACUCCAGCCUGGGGGACAGAGUGAGACAGAGAUCUCAAAAAAGUGGAUUUGGACAGAAAGGAGAGAAGGAAACCCAAAAUACCUAGCUCCUUUCCUGUAGGACAGCCAUCUGGUUGUUGGGACCAACAGGGACAGAUUUAGGCUUGGUCCAAGUAAGAAUGGCCCAAAUUUCCAAAAUUGAGAGCUGCUGACAGUGAGUUCCUGGCCCCUGGGAGGUGUGCAAGCUGAGCCCGGACACAAUUCAUUGAGGAUGCUGCAGGGGAGGUGAUACCUUCCCUGGGAAAAGGCAAGACCAGUAUGAAGAGCUGAAGGGCGAGGCCACCUCCUGCAGCCUCCACAGGUCGGCCCACAAUGCCACCCAUGCCACCUACACCUGCCACAUGGAUGUAUUCCACUUCAUGGCCGACGACAUUUUCAGUGUCAACAUCACAGACCAGUCUGGCAACUACUCCCAGGAGUGUGGCAGCUUUCUCCUGGCUGAGAGCACCGGCUCCCCCUUUCAACGUGACCGUGACCUUCUCAGGACAGUAUAAUAUCUCUUGGCGCUCAGAUUACGAAGACCCUGCCUUCUACAUGCUGAAGGGCAAGCUUCAGUAUGAGCUGCAGUACAGGAACCGGGGAGACCCCUGGGCUGUGAGUCCGAGGAGAAAGCUGAUCUCAGUGGACUCAAGAAGUGUCUCCCUCCUCCCCCUGGAGUUCCGCAAAGACUCGAGCUAUGAGCUGCAGGUGCGGGCAGGGCCCAUGCCUGGCUCCUCCUACCAGGGGACCUGGAGUGAGUGGAGUGACCCGGUCAUCUUUCAGACCCAGUCAGAGGAGUUAAAGGAAGGCUGGAACCCUCACCUGCUGCUUCUCCUCCUGCUUGUCAUAGUCUUCAUUCCUGCCUUCUGGAGCCUGAAGACCCACCCAUUGUGGAGGCUAUGGAAGAAGAUAUGGGCCGUCCCCAGCCCUGAGCGGUUCUUCGUGCCCCUGUACAAGGACUGCAGCGGAGACUUCAAGAAAUGGGUGGGUGCACCCUUCACUGGCUCCAGCCUGGAGCUGGGAUCCUGGAGCCCAGAGGUGCCCUCCACCCUGGAGGUGUACAGCUGCCACCCACCACAGAGCCCAGCCAAGAGGCUGCAGCUCACAGAGCUACAAGAACCAGCAGAGCUGGUGGAGUCUGACGGUGUGCCCAAACCCAGCUUCUGGCCGACGGCCCAGAGCUUGGGGGGCUCAGCUUACAGUGAGGAGAGGGACCGGCCGUACGGCCUGGUGUCCAUUGACACAGUGACUGUGCGAGAUGCAGAGGGACCAUGCACCUGGCCCUGCAGCUGUGAGGAUGACGGCUAUCCAGCCCUGGACCUGGACGCUGGCCUGGAGCCCAGCCCAGGCCUAGAGGACCCACUCUUGGGCGCGGGGACCACAGUCCUCUCCUGUGGCUGUGUCUCAGCUGGCAGCCCUGGGCUAGGAGGACCCCUGGGAAGCCUCCUGGACAGACUAAAGCCACCCCUUGCAGAUGGGGAGGACUGGGCUGGGGGACUGCCCUGGGGUGGCCGGUCGCCUGGAGGGGUCUCAGAGAGUGAGGCGGGCUCACCCCCAGCCGGCCUGGAUAUGGACACGUUUGACAGUGGCUUCGUGGGCUCUGACUGCAGCAGCCCUGUGGAAUGUGACUUCACCAGCCCCGGGGAUGAAGGACCCCCCCGGAGCUACCUCCGCCAGUGGGUGGUCAUUCCCCCGCCACUUUCGAGCCCUGGACCCCAGGCCAGCUAGUGAAGCUGACUGGAUGUCCAGAGCUGGCCAGGCCACUGGGCCCUGAGCCAGAGACAAGGUCACCUGCGCUGUGAUGUGAAGACACCUGCAGCCUUUGGUCUCCUGGAUGGGCCUUUGAGCCUGAUGUUUACAGUGUCUGUGUGUGUGUGUGUGUGCAUAUGCGUGUGUGUGUGCAUAUGCCUGUGUGUGUGUGUGUGUGUGUGUCUUAGGUGCACAGUGGCAUGUCCACAUGUUUGUGUGAUUGCAUGUGCCUGUGGGCCUGGGAUAAUGCCCAUGGUACUCCAUGCAUUCACCUGCCCUGUUCAUGUCUGGACCCAUGGAGCUCACCCAUGUGCACCAGUGUGCACAGCAAACGUGUCUGUGGUCAACAGAUGACAACAGCCAUCCUCCCUUCUAAGGUCUUGUGUUGCAAGCUGGUCCACAGCACCUCCGGGGCUUUGUGGGAUCAGGGUAUUGCCUGUGACCAACGCCGAGCCCAGCCCUCCAGCGUCUGCCUCCAGGAGCUGCCAGAAGUCCAUAUUGUUCCUUAUCACCUGCCAGCAGGAAGGGAAAGGGGAUAGAGUGAGCCCAUGGUGACCCUGGGAAUGGGAAGAUUUGGGGAGGCCCAUGGACGAAGGUCUGAAUCCCGACUCUGAUACCUUCUGGCUGUGCUACCUGAGCCAAGUCGCCUCCCCUCUCUGGGCUAGAGUUUCCUUAUCCGGACAAUGGGGAAGGCAUGACCCACCUGGGGGAAAUUGGUGAUGUCACCCGUGUACAGUACGCAGCCCAGAGCAGACCCUCGAUAAACGUCAGCUUCCUUCCUUCUGCGGCCAGAGCUGAGGCGGGUGGGGGUGAGAACAUCAAUCAUCAGUGACAGCCUGGGCGCCGGUGGGGCCGUCCCGCCUGCAGAGGGCCACUCGGGGGGGUUUCCAGGCUUAAAAUCAGUCCGUUUCGUCUCUUGGAAACAGCUCCCCACCAACCAAGAUUUCUUUUUCUAACUUCUGCUACUAAGUUUUUAAAAAUUCCCUUUAUGCACCCAAGAGAUAUUUAUUAAACACCAAUUAUGUAGCAGGCCAUGGCUUAUGGGACCCUCCCCCCGUGGCACUCAUGGAGGAGGGGUGCGGGUUGGAACUAUGCAGUGUGCUCCAGCCACACGUCCUGCUGGGCCCCCUACCCUGCCCCACUUCAAUCCUGCCAAUAAAUCCUUAUUUGUUUAUCCUGGAGAAUUGAAGGGAGGUCAAGUUGUUUGUCAAUGAUUUAUCAGAGAACCUGUUGAAAUGUGAAUUAAGAAGCUAAGAAAAUAUUUCUUAGCAACAUUUUUUUUUUCUUCUUUUGAGACAGAGUUUCACUCUUGUCGCCCAGGCUGGAAUGCAGUGGCACGAUCUCGGCUCUCUGCAACCUCUGUCUCCCGGGUUCAAGCGAUUUCCUGCGUCAGCCCCCGAGUAGCUGGAAUUACAGGCACACACCACCAUGCCUGGCUAAUUUUUGUAUUUUUAGUAGAGCUGGGGCCACCCUAGCCCGGCCCCGUCUUCCUCCCCAAAGGUCAGACUGCAGGCUGCGGGGCUGUGCUGGAGGAGCCAGCAGCUCUGGCUCACCCAUGCUUUUGGAACAGGGUUGGGUUGGAAGUCAGCAGAGGUCAGUCCUGCUGAAGGCUCCUUCGUGACUCAUCUGUGAAGUGGGGUGGUUGGGAGAGGUAGCUGAGAGAAUGCAUGAGAGUCCUCGGUGCCUGGCAGGAGGCUGGAAGGUUCUAGAACACUGAUGGUUAUAAGAGUGGGACUGUGAGCCUGGGAUCGGGGGAUGUGAGACUUGGAUGGGAGCACAAGAGUGGAAGCACAGCUUCUGCACGGAGGCGGGGCAGCCCUCAACACCCCAUGCACCUGCAUCCUAGGGACUGUUGGGUCCAGAUGUGCUGUGGUUUUCACACCUUCUUGGGGGCAACAGGUUCCAGGAGCCACCUGUGGGUGCCACCUGAGCCACAGGCUCCCAGGAAAGCAGUGCAGCUCUCCUGCACUCAGAGCUUGCUGGGUGGGGGAGGGGAACACAGAUGGUUGGGGAAGGCCUGAGGACAGACUGGGGGGCUCUGGACUGGGGCAGAUGAGGCUCCUCAGAAUCCCACCUUUGAAGGGAACUCAACUUAUAAGCACAGAGGAGCAAAGUUGGAGGGCUGGGAGCAGUGGCUUUUGCCUGUGAUCUCAGCACUUUGGGAGGCCAAGGCAGGUGGAUCACUUGAGGCCAGGAGUUCAAGACCAGCCUGGGCAACAUAGCAAGGCCCCAUUUCUACAAAAAUUAUUAUUAUUUUUAAAAAUUAGCCAGGCGUGGUGGUGCUUGCCUGUAGUCCCAGCUACUCGGGGGGCUAAGGUGGGAGGAUCGCUGAAGCCCAGGAAUUUGAGGCUGCAGUGAGCUGUGAUUACAUCGUUGCACUCCAGCCUGGGUCACAGAUCAAGACCCUGUCUCUUAAAAAUAAAAGUUGGAGACGAGCUGGCUCACCUGAAAGGACGGAUUAGUAGGUAGGCGGGUGGAUGGAGGAUGGAUGGAUGUGUGGGUGGAUAGGAGGGUAUUAUUAAGUUGGUGCAAAAGUCUUUGCUAUUACUCUUAAUGGCUUUAAUAAAAAGCUUGAAGGAAGAAUCGUUGGUUGGAUAGACAGAGAUAAACGCAUAUUGGAAACAAAGAUAAAGAUAAAACACAAGUCAUACCAGGCCAGCAGCUCUGUCUAUUUCGUUCAUUGCCUUUAGUCCCAGCCUGGCACAUAGUAGCCACUCAAUAAAGCCUGAUUCGUAGCA